AUGGGCUGGUUGCAAGUCAUGAAUGUUUUUGCUCUUGCGGGCUGGACGUGGCUCUUGCUGCAUUCCGUGCUGCCCGCGCACAGCGGUCUUGUGGCUCGCGAUGAAGUUGCUGGUCAAGGACUCCGAGCCAGGCGUGCGCAAUGGCUGUUUGGGGCGCUUCAGACGUUUUGCUACGCAGAGGUCUCGACCAUCGCAUACCACAGACACUGUGUUCUGCGAAGCAUGAAAGGAGUCGAACAGACAGUGCUCGGGCUUGGCAUUUGUGUCUUCCGCUCCACAAUUGCUGUCUUUGCGAUUCCGAAGCUGGACAACGCGGCACUACACCAGGCUCUUGUUGGUGGCUGGGCACUUGCAGAUGUUCUUCGGUACAUCGCCCUCUUGAGCAAACGGCCUUCUCUUCAGCUUCUUCGGCGCAUUGCUUCCACGAUUCUGUUCCUGCUCGUGGCCAUCGCAGAGGUAUGUGCCAGCUGGCUGACGUUCGACAGCUUCAGCUUGGGAGUCAAACGGUGGAUGUUGGUGCAGAUGUGCGCGACUACGAUGGGACUGCCUGUCGGAGCCUACCUCUUCUUGAAGUCUGCACGGAAAGAUAAAGCCCGGGUCACAGAUGGCCAUUGGUGCACUAGGCCACAGGCGUAUCAGCACCAACCUUUCCAGCAGAGGCGCACUGCGCAGGCACCGCUGGUCAACCGUGGGAAGUUGGAUGGGACGCGUCGGGUGCGUGUCUGUUGGAUGUCAGGGCAUGUGUCUUACAUCGUCUUGCUUUCCGAUGUCUCUUUUCUCCGUGCGCUCCUCCCCAAGGAGAGCUUCAAGUGCGAAUUGGGAGAGAAGGCGGUGUUGGCGCCAGCCCAUGGCCAUGUCCCGAUCUACAGGCCCAGGCUCCCUGGCGCCUUGUGUCGAGGCUCCCAGGCCGAGCAAAAGCUGCUCCCGGCGCUGCAGAGCGGCCCCAGCCGCCCGCUCUGCGAGCGCUCCCUGUGGCCGCAUCUCGAGCUUCUCAGGAUGGCGGAAGUGCCCAUCGGCCUGCCUGGCACGACCGGGGGGUCCCGGUCAGCAAGGACCUUGAGGACGGAGGCGGAGCUAGCGGAGCAAGCGGAGCAAGCGGAGCGAGCGGAGCGAGCGGCCAAGGCCGAGCCGCAGGAGCGGCAUCAGCUCCCCAGCUUCGAUGCAGAGGCCGCUCUGCGCGCUCUGCGCGAGGAGCGCUUGGAGAGGGAGCGCAGGUGCCACUUUUUGGACUUCCCCCGUGGCCGGCCAUUGGGGCUCUCGGGGCCCGGGCUGGGGGACGAAGGCAGAGCUUCCCUGAGCGAGGAGAUGCGGAACAGCGCUCAGCUCGCUGAGCGAUGCGAAGAGAGGGAGACGGUCGAGGUCUCCUGGAAAUUCUUCCAGAAUGCAGGGGCCGGAGGUAGGAACUGGGCUCGCAGCUCUGCAAGGGCUGAGCCGGUUCUGAGAGGCAGGGGAGAGGGAGCAUCUCGCUGA